ACAGUAGUACCAACCAAACUACUCAAACGUGACAGAUGACAGUUCUGUCCUGACAUUUUCCUCUUUUUUACAUUUUUUGAUAGCAGUGGGAUGCCCCGGUAGACGAAAAUCGUGUGAACGUGUGAAUAUACUUCUCCUGUGUUCGUGUGAAUAUCGACCAGAAUGGCAGACGCCGCCUUUAGCCGUAAUGAAAUAAUCAGUCUAGUUGUGAGGUUAACCUUGGUUUCUGCUGUAACUUUUAUUAGCAUAAAAUGGCUAAUGAAUCAGGUGGAUCCUACGAACAAGAGCAAAAAGAAGGCGCGGAAGAAGGCCCAAGAGCAGCUGAAAAGGUUAGCAGGUAGUGGCCAUGCACCAUUAGUCAUCGAAAAUUUAUCAGACUAUGAGAUGAUGAUAGCGGCUCAUUUGAUACAUCCUCAAGAUAUUAAUGUAACAUGGAACAAUAUUGCGGGGUUGGAUCAUAUGAUACAAGAACUGCGCGAGACUGUCAUUCUUCCAAUACAACGAAAGGAGUUGUUUGCUGAUUCGCAACUAACCACUGCCCCUAAAGGUGUCUUAUUACAUGGGCCUCCAGGCUGCGGCAAAACCCUCAUAGCCAAAGCCACAGCGCGAGAAGCAGGCACGCGUUUCAUCAACCUCGACUUAUCCAUCCUCACCGAUAAAUGGUACGGCGAGAGCCAAAAGCUAGCGGCCGCCGUCUUCACCCUAGCAGUGAAACUCCAACCCUGCAUCAUCUUCAUCGACGAAAUCGACUCCUUUCUCCGCUCUCGAAACACCACAGACCACGAAGCCACGGCAAUGAUGAAAGCACAGUUCAUGUCACUGUGGGACGGCUUGAUCACCGACCCCACCUGCACGGUGAUCGUCAUGGGGGCCACCAACCGGCCGCAGGAUCUAGACCGCGCGAUUCUGAGGCGCAUGCCCGCCACAUUCCACAUUCCAAUGCCCAGUGCUGUCCAGAGGAAAAAGAUUCUGAGUCUUACGUUAGAAAAUGAGCCGAUCGCCGAAGAUGUCGACGUGGAGAAGAUGGCACGGCUGACGGAUGGCUUUUCGGGGUCGGAUUUGAGGGAGUUGUGCAGGAACGGGUCGGUUUAUAGGGUGAGGGAUUACAUGAAGAAUCACAGUGAAGCUGUUAUGGACUCGUCCGAGGAUGAGUACCAAGACGCGCUGAGACCCAUCACCAUGGAUGAUUUAAUGGUGUCGUUAAAUAAAAUGAAAGAGUCUAAAAUGCAUUGUGGGGGUUUACCAGUGAAUAGAAUUGAGUUGGAUUAGCUACCGUGGUACCGCUACUUAGAUCCCAUUAUUAAUAAUUUUGAAAGUACUGUAGAAAUGUACCAGAAUUUUUCAAAUACUUUUAAACAUUGUGUUAAUUAUCGAAAAGGACCUUAGUUUUUUCUUUUUAUUAUAUUGUUUUUUUUUAAUUACUAUUAUUUUAACCCAACUAGGCUGUGGUUGAGUAUUAAGUUGGGUCUACUUUAUUAUUUAAUAAAGUUUGUAAAUAUGUAGAUUAUUAAAGCCAUUUCAGAAGUGUCAGCUUGCAAGUAUUUACAGUGUUUAGUUUAAUGACUUAGCUGUUAAGAAAUAGCGUCGUAGGCGGUUACAACCACGUUCAAAACGUGAAUUUUGAGUGCGGUAUGCGCGGUGUUGUGAAUUCAACAUUGAUCAGAGUGUUAAAUUUUUUAAGCAAUUAACCACAAAAUCAUUCAGGAGUACCAAAGUAGACUAGUAUUGAAAAGUUUGACGCCUGAUCAGUGCCAAAUAUGUGUACAGCACGCUCUCUGUAAGUUGCAACAAGUACAAACGUUCUUGAUGUGUGUUUAAAAUCAAAUUUUUGCACGCCAGAUUCAUUACUUGGCUGUUUGUAGAUGUCGUGCGAUUGAUUAUUCAGCCAAUGGUGUGAUAAUUCAACAGUUUCAUUGCCUUGUUGGCAUCAUGGCUCGGUGUUAAAUGAAUUUUUUAUCGUAGAAAUUUAUUAGUUAGUUUAAAAAUUUAAUAAACGUUAUGGACCGUU